AUGCUAGACGUCGUUGUGAUCGGAGCUGGUUUCAGUGGCCUCCAGGCUGCGUAUUCGGCCAAGCAGGCUGGACUGUCAGUUGCGGUUGUUGAGGCUCGCGAUCGGGUUGGGGGGAAGAUUUGGAGUGCACCUUUGGCUUCGGGGCGUGGAUUUGCUGAGCUUGGCGGUGCCUGGAUCAAUGAUUCCCUUCAGCCUCGUGUUUGGGCCUAUACCCAGCAGUUUGGACUUGAAGUUGUGAAGCAACGCCUGGAGGGAACGGCUAUCAUGCAAGAAAGUGAGACCGAGCGCUUUGAAUUCCCUUUCGGAGUGACACCUGAAUUUACUCCUGAAGAGAAGCGCAAUUUGGAGACCAUUCGCGAUCAUUUUCAGGCAGAAUCAUUGAAGACUGGGCUUCCAUCGGCAGAACUUGAUAAUGUCACCCUGGAUCAACACGUUCGAAAUCUUGGUGCUCUUCCCAAGAUUGCCAAGAUGGUCAAUAUGUGGUCUCAGGUCAUGCACGGGUUGGAGUCAACAGAAGAGUCUGCCGCCUGGUUCAUCGACUACUGUCGACGGAAUAAGGGAUUCCUCGCCAUUCGAGCUGACGACUCGACCGGUGGUCAAUAUCUGAGAUUCCAGGAUGGAGCGCAAUCUAUUGCUCACAACCUAGCUAAGCUAGUGGGUACAGCGAACAUCCAUCUUGCAUCUCCGGUCAACUCAAUCAAAGACCACGGCUCGCAUGUUACUGUCGUCACACGAAACCAACAAACCUUUGAGGCGAAGAAGUGUAUCAUGUCCGUCCCCAGUACUAUGUACAAGGAGUUCGAAAUCAGUCCCGCUUUGCCAAAGGCUGUUCGAGAAGUGACAGAUGGCACAGUACUAGGCGACUAUAACAAACUCAUUGUGUGUUACGACACACCGUGGUGGCGCAAGGAGGGCUUCAACGGAUACUUUGCGAGCUAUGCGGGGCCUAUCACACUCGGUCGGGAUACAAGCGUUGAUGAAAAGGGACAUUACUCAUUGACCUGUUUCGUCAAUGGGUUACCCGGGCGGUUGUGGAGCAAGCUUCCUCCUCAUGAACGUCGCGCGGCUGGUUUGAAACAACUCGCGAACGUGUUCAAGAAUAACCCCGAGGUCUUCAAGCCAAUUGAGGUGUUCGAGCAGAUUUGGCAACAUGAGGAAUUCAGCCGUGGUGCCUUGGCACCUGUGCACUCCAUUGGACAUCUUACCAAGUACGCCUCCGUCUAUGGAAGGCCCGUGGGUAACUUGCAUUUCGUCGGUACUGAGUAUAGCUCGGAGUGGAAAGGGUAUAUGGAGGGUGCGCUUUGCUCUGGAGAGGAUGGGGCCCAGCAGGUUGUCAAGGCUUUGCGAAAUGUUCCUGUCAAGCUGUAG